AAUAGAAACGUUGUUCUUCAAAGAUGUGUUUAUCCAGUAGUUGGUAGUUUUAGCCUGAUAUUUAUCAUGAAGCCGGUUAUGAGACAAUAAGUGGUAAAAUUGAGACGCUAAAUGAGAAUUUAAAGAGUUGAACUUAGAAUCCAAGUCUCAUAUGUCUUUCUAAUAUAAUAAUGUUGUUUAAGGAAUGGAUGGCCUUAAAUCAGGGGUGUCAAACUCAAUAGCUCGGCUGGCCAAAACUCAAAUCAUAUGUAAGAUUGCGGGUCGAACAGGAUAAGCAUUCAAUAAGCGAGAACUAUUAAAAAAAAACAUUUACAUAAAUGAAAACAGAAAAACGUUUUUAUAAUUAAUAAUCAUUGGCAUACCCAUUUUUGUUCUUAUGUAAGUUUUUCUUGGCUACAAGAAAAAGUAAGUUCGUUUAUGUUGGGAGAACCGUUCUUUUUCAUUGAGAUUUUCAUGAUGGAUUACAAGUGUUCAUCAGUGAGACUACUCCUGUCGGAUGUUUUGUUAAUCUUCAUCGCAGAAAACAGCUGCUCACACAUAUAUGUGCUACCCAACAUGCUCAAGGUUCGAGCCGCAUGUAGACGAAGCUGGGGCAUCUUCAGGAAUGAAACGAGUGAAUUGAGCAGGCCCAGCUGUGUCGUACUUCUUUUGUGUCCAUUACACUUGCAGUUCUAUUAGCUCUAUCUACAAAUGUGUUACGAAACAGCUCGAAAUUACAUUUCUGCGCUUAAAAAUCACUAAAGCGCCGUGCGAACUCGGCGCGAAGUAAGCUAAAUUUUUAAGCAAAGUGUGCAUUGGGAAACACCCUUAGCGUUGACUUUGAUAUAAGUGUACGCUUGUCAAGACCUCGCGGGCCUGAUAUAAUUGUACAGCGGGCCAGAUGUGGCCCGUGGGCCUUGAUUUGAUACAUGUGCCUUAAAUAUUUUUUUUAUUUAACGGAUGUCCCAAGAAAUGGGAGUUGUGAGUUGUGGAGAGGCUCUAAGACAACUCAUCUCCACACAAUUGAUGAGUGCUAAUUUUAUUUUGGACAACUCAUCUCCACACAAUUGAUGAGUGCUAAUUUUAUUUUGGACAACUCAUCUCCACAUAGUUGAUGAGUGCUAAUUUUAUUUUGGACAACUCAUCUCCACAUAGUUGAUGAGUGCUAAUUUUAUUUUGGACAACUCAUCUCCAGUAGUUGAUGAGUGCUAAUUUUAUUUUGGACAACUCAUCUCCACAUAGUUCAUGAGUGCUAAAUUUAAUUUGGACAACUCAUCUCCAGUAGUUGAUGAGUGCUAAUUUUAUUUUGGACAACUCAUCUCCACGUAGUUGAUAGGUGCUACUGUUAUUUUGGGCAACCCAUUUUUUGACAACCCAUUUGUUGACAACCCAUCUUUUGACAACCCAUCUGUUGACAACCCAUCUUUUGACAACCCAUCUGUUGACAACCCAUCUGUUGACAACCCAUCUGUUGACAACCCAUCUUUUGACAACCCAUCUGUUGACAACCCAUCUGUUGACAACCCAUCUGUUGACAACCCAUCUGUUGACAACCCAUCUGUUGACAACCCAUCUUUUGACAACCCAUCUGUUGACAACCCAUCUGUUGACAACCCAUCUGUUGACAACCCAUCUGUUGACAACCCAUCUGUUGACAACCCAUCUGUUGACAACCCAUCUGUUGACAACCCAUCUGUUGACAACCCAUCUGUUGACAACCCAUCUGUUGACAACCCAUCUGUUGACAACCCAUCUUUUGACAACCCAUCUUUUGACAACCCAUCUGUUGACAACCCAUCUGUUGACAACCCAUCUGUUGACAACCCCUGUAGCAUUCUUUUGGUACCACGUUUUGGUUUCUUUACGAAAACAUUUGCUUGCCAGUAACCGUAACUAGUUUCAGUUCAACCAAAUGAUUCAAGAUAAAACCACAAUAUAAGAUUAUGGCCACCUGUCUUAAGAGAGCAAUUUCUCAUUUGCUGGAAUUAUCGUAGAGGUAAGGGCUGGUUCCAUUUGUAUUAACAUUUAUAGCCACAGUGCAAACAUUUCUUAUGCUUCUAUGGGGAUUCCGUGACAUGCCUGGUCGACCCAGAUGUUCUUGUAUCCCAGAGAUUUGUAUCAUUUUGUUGAGACUGGAUUCGUGUAGAUCACUGAUGCAUGAUAUAAAUCAUGAAGUCACUGCGUAAAAUUUCGUGUUCAAAUUUUUUUAUUUUGACUACAAUAAAGAACAUACAAAAAAUCAAAUUAACGUUCCCACUGAAAGGUUCUCACACUGGACCACACUUGGAUAAUUUUAAACAAGUUCAAUGUUGAAUAAAAAACACAUAUUAACAUUUUUUAACACCGAAUUUUAACAUCAAUUAUUAUUAUUCUACUAGAUUCUUGGCAGAAAUGUCCAAUCACAUUUUUUUUGUGGUAAUACCAUUGACGAAUUCAUUAUUUUGAACGGGAUAAAUUUGUAUUAAGAAAAGCACAUUUUAAUCUCUUGUAAGCAACGUGACAGUAAACCGAUUAAAACUCAACUUUGGACUUCGAUUGGCGCAAAUUUCUGUUUCUAUUUUUACACCACGACCUCACCGAUCGUAUCCAGAUAAUGCUCUCCCCCCAUAAUUUGGCGCUCUACUUUGGUAUUAAAAUAACCUCAGGGGCAAGGAGACUAGGUUGUAAACGUGAGUUAAAUACUUCAGGAUCGGUUGCUACUUUGGCGGAGAUUGUGGCCGACAGGCCGCUUCGAUAUUAAAGUUGGGUGACCAAAUCAAAUGACCAUUUGUUGGACAAUGCGAGUAAGCAGUAGCUGUCUGAGAUCUCUCUUUUUUUGAGUAGUUAACUUGUGCAAAUUUGUAACUGUAUUUAUAUUUCAGUGUUGCGCAUUGGAUUUAGAAAAGAAUUUUUGAAUAUAAACCUUAAUAAAGAUUGCUAGAUAUUAUUUGUUAUUAUGGCCGGGAUCAAAGACGUAGUUAACUCCGAGUCGUAUAAAAUGUCCGGUUCAUUCGGAAAUCGAAAUUUUUCCGCUAUGAUAAAUAAAUCUCGAACUGGCAUGGAAUGUCGAGUACCGGAGUCAGAGUUGUAGAUUCAGUUUUUUUUGCGACCAUUUCCGCAGCGUCGUCAUCAUCAGCGGCACCACAACCCACACAGGGCUCUGGCAUGCUUCACUAUAUCCUUCCAUUCAGGCCGCUUCAUGGCAUUUAGUCUCGAUGCGUAGAACUCCAUGUCACGAUCCCAUUUGACGAACAGUUAAAUGGUUCUGGUCUUAAAACGUCUGCUUUCUUUGUUUUAACACACACACACACACACAGUCGGGUCAUCUAAAGUCAGCGCUAUCAAUCUGACUCUCUCUCUCUCCUAGUCGACAUCUUUCCAAUUUUCCCAUCCUUCCCUUAAAUUCCAUACUCUCUCUACCACUCCCUCUCUUCAUUCUCUCUCAUUCUGUAUUUAUCUCUCUGUAAUCCUCUCUCUCUCUCCAUUUUUCCCUUCUUCCUCUCUCCCCACUCCUUGACUCAAUCUCUCCCCACAAUCUCUCAACCUCAAUCACUCUCUCUCUCUCCCUCCCCCAUUCUGCCUCUAUAUUAAAGUCCAUCACUCUCUUUACCUUCCUCACUUCCUCCCCCUCCCCCAUCUCUCUAUAGACAUAUUAAAAUUUGUUGAGUUUACAAGGCAUGAAUGGUCCUCAGGUGAAGCAGUUUGGCUUGAAAACAACAUACAAUUAAAUAAGAUUAUUGCUCAGAGUUAUUGCCCCUUGACAUCUUUAUAGGGUAAAAUGGGUCCUUAUCAUUUUUAUAGGGUAAAAUAGCUCAUCAUCAUCUUUAUACAGUAAUUUUGUUGCCUAUCAUCUUUAUAUGGUAAUAUAGCUCCUUAUAUCGUAAUAUAUAUCCCCUUAUUAUCUCCAUAUUAGUUUCAUGUGCGAGAAACUUGAAGAUAGAUUUAGAACCACUUGUAAAAGAAAAAAACAUGUUUGUAAAAAAAAAAGGUACAAACCAUGAUCGUUACAGUAACAUAAAAGAUCUUAUCUCUUUCUGCUGCUUAUCAUUACCGAAUGUUUUGACCGUCUCCCCCCACCCCCCACCCACUCGUUUUUUUUUUACAAACUUAUCUUCUUAUCUGUUUCUUUAAACAGUCGCUUGCAUUUGAAAUAGUGGAAUUUUUAGUAUAUUAAAACUAAGCAUUGCAAUUGCCUACUUAAGUAAAUGUGUCUCACUUUAGUUAGUCGCCAUUUGCAAACUUUUAAAACUUUUUAAAAAAAAAGAAAGAGAACAGAACAAGUGAGACGUUUUUGUGAGCAGCCAUGAUUGACCACGUGACUGAUAGAGGAGGGGGGGGGAAGGUUGAUAUUUAUAAAGUAUUAUUCCUUGACCACUAACACAAGUAAACAAAAUUGAUACUACUCAAUCAUCUACUCCCCCCCCAAAAAAAAAUCCACCCCCCCCCCCCCCAACACACACACAAACCUGCAAAAGACGCAGCACAAAUUUAAUGUUAUUAUUUCUGAGGAAUCCAUGUUUGCAAACAUUGUAAUGCCAUCAAUAGACUUUUUGAAUGUAUUUUUUUUCAUUAGCUGAACUAUCGAAAUGUGGUGCUCUCUGCUACUCCUAGUGCUGGCGGCUAACUCUGGUGAGUGUGUUGUUGUCUAGUGGUUUACCUUGACUAAAUACUGUCAGGGGUGAGGAGCCCCCCCCCCUCCUCACACACUUUACAAAUACAUCUGUGUUUAUAAUGUUUGAUCUAUAUAUCACUCCAAAGGUGCCCCCCACCACCAUCUUUUUAAAGUCACAACUUCCUAACCAUUUAGGGUUCAACGUUGAUGGAAAACAUUUCGAAUGUACAGGGGUUGAUAGGCAACUAGAAAUGGGUGUAGUGUAGAAACUAGCGUGGCUGCUUCGCCGUUGUUGUAGAGCUUUAUUUAUAAAGUUAAGCGACAGCAAAAAUUAAUACAUUUCAAUGAAAUAUAAUGUUAAGGCGACAAGUGUAAGUAAAUUACUUUUAAACUUAUCUUUCUCUCACUAGCAAAUUAUCCCGACUAGCUACCCACGUGGUUUAAGUUUAGCACCAAUAUUACAACUUCUACUAACAUUCGCUGUCUUCUUGCCCCCUUCAGUGACCCCGGCCCUGCGCACGGUCUGCUACUAUACCAACUGGGCACAAUACAGAGAGGGCAAGGGCAAGUUCCUGCCCGAGAAUAUCGACGCCCACCUGUGCACUCACAUCCUGUACGCCUUCGCUAAGCUGGAGGGCACGGCUAUCAAGCCCUAUGAAUGGAAUGAUGAUACCAUGUCAGUAAAACACUUCUAGGGGAACAUUCUCAUAUUAUGGUUAUACAUAUACCUUAUAUCGGGAUAAAUAAAGUGAUAUACAGACAAAAACUUGGGCGCUUGCGCAUGGAGGCGGAAAGCCAUGGAUCGAUCAGAAUGGAAAGAUGUGCUAGAGCAGGCCAGGACACUACAUGGGCUGUAGCGCCACUGGUGAUGACACAGUAUCACCCCAUCUCUUAACAGCUCAUUUCUAACUCCCACAACCUACUGCCAUGCGUCGGUCUUACUUAAAGUAAAUUACUUCUCGUAAUUUAGACCGUCUGACCCUAGCUUUCUGCUUGUAUAUUACCCCUGCUGCUCUACAUUCCGGCAUCUUUUCAAUAUGUCCUGUCCAGCGCAGUCUGCCUUUUUAAAAAAAAAUUGUUGCGACUAUGGGUGGGUUUUCGUACAAUUGAUGUAGCUCUUGGUUUUUACGGAUUCUCCAAACGUCAUUGUCUGUCACGGGUAAUACUGUGUACGAGUUUGAAUGUUAAUACACAAAGGAUUAUUUUUAAACAUACGCUCAAAUUUUUUUUUUUUACAUUUUACAUUCCAGGUACGCAAGAGUGAUAGCUCUAAAGAACACAAACCCAUCCCUGAAAGUCCUUCUCUCGCUAGGGGGCGGUAGUGCUGGGUCAGCGCCAUUUACUCACGUGGUCCAAAACAGCGCCACCCGUAGUGCAUUCAUCGCGUCUGCCAUAACAUACCUGAGACAGAAACAUUUUGAUGGACUCGACGUUGACUGGGAAUACCCGGCCGCAAACGGAUCUCCAGCAUCCGACAAGCAGAAAUUUCUACAGUUAAUGCAGGUAACACUCUUUAUCGCUAGAGUCACUCGUGCAUUGUACUUUUCAAAGGCACCCGUUGUUACGUAGUCAACGAUUCUAAUAGUACUAAUAAUACACUAGCCCGCAUGUUGUGUUGCAGGAACUGAGGUCACAUUUUGAUAGUGAGGCAUCGUCCAGUGGCAAGGCUCGCCUGCUGUUGACCGGCGCUUUCCCCGCAGGAAAAGAAUCUAUCGAUGCAGGAUACGACAUUCAUGGGUUGUCUGCGUAAGUUUUAAUAUCAAUAAUUAAGAGAAAAAUAAAUAUUGGUAUUUAACAGGUGAAACAGGGGACUGAACUAUUGAUAGCAAUAGAAGCUGUGAUGAUAAAUUCCCGGUUAAAGUUCUUGGGUCAUCGAGCGUCAGUAGAGUUUGUGCCACCCUGCGUGCUAUGUUCAUGGUGUAGCCCCUCCCCUCAUCCUCUUCGGGCACCCCCACCCUGACCUGCACCGAAUAAGUCUCUAGAUCAUAUCGAACCGCUUAAAGUAUUGUUUGUGAAUUAAGACAUAAAAUAACGUAAAGCAAAAAAAGACAUAAGAAGAAAACAUAAUUUGAAGUAACGGCGUUUAACAAUUGCAAAGAAAAAAAACAAAAAAAACAAAAAACAACAACGUUAUAAUGAAACAUUAAACUUAACAGUUAAAACUUUGCCGUCACGGUCUUCAAAGAUGCCAGUAUGAUGUGGCAAUCAUCAGUCUCCAUCUUAUCACUCAAAAUUGACCAAUGCCCAUGAACAGACAGCCUUGGCUAUUUCAUGGUAGAUCGCAAACAGUACUUUAUACGUUUCAGUUUUGAAAAGCUCCUCUUCCUUGAAGCCACACCCAGAUCGUGAUAAGUAAUUUUAUCCUUAACUAGAGAUUUCCAGACGGGCCUCUGGUGACACCCUGCCCUGGUGGCACCCCGCCCUGGUGGCCCCCUGCCCCUGGUGGAAUCCUCUUCGCUUGGCACCCUGUUUCAUUUGCAACGUAACCUGGUAAAAUCCUGUUCUGGUAGGCACCAUGUUCUUUUGGCAACCUUCUCUGGUGGCACACUGCUCUGGUGGCACACUGCUCUGGUGGCACCCUCUUCUUCUGGCACCCUCUUCUGGUUGCGCCCUGCACUGGUGGCACACUUCUCUGGCGACACUCUGCCCUGGUGGCACGCUGCUAUGGUGGCAUCCUCUUCUGGUAGAACACUUGUCUGGCAACACCAUGCUCUGGUGACACGUUAUUGUGGUGCCACUCUGUUCUUGUAUUAAACUAAGUUCUGUUGUUAAACCAAAUUGAGCGAACUCUGAUAAAUUUGCAUUUUCCAUUUGGUAUCACCCUCCCUCCCCCGAGAGGGUGUCACCCGGUGCGAUCCCCCAACCCUCGCAGCCUAGUGACACGACUGAAUGGAAACAAUGAAGAGCCAACAUUAAAAACCUACAGAAAGAAAAUAGCAAUCAGCCCUUUCAAUUAAUUAUCACUGCUCUGCCUUCUUUAGGGUAAUUCAACAGAACACCAACAAAUGUGUUUCGUUAUUUUUUCCACAUGUGAAAUCAUUGACGUAAUAUGAUGACGACAGAACAAUGUGUCCUUACUACUUUCAGGGCUAUGGACUUCAUCAACAUUAUGACCUAUGACUUCCACGGACCAUGGGGAAACACUCUAGGAUUUAACAGUCCACUCUAUGCGUCCCCAAGUGAAAGUGGAUGGAGCACACAGCUCAACUUGGUAACUUCGAAAACCUUUUAGAAUGUGCCUUAAUUUAUAUAAAAAAUAUCGAUGUUAUAGUGAUGUUAUUGUAACUUUAUAGUAAUUUUAUAGUAAGGUUAUAUGUCUAUAUGUUUGAAACCUUGCAAGCGAAAAGACUGAAAGAACAGAAGAGAAUCGUAUCGGCACUGGGACAGGAAACAUAGGAAGAACCACGUUAAGCAAUCCAGUCUUAUGGGGGGGCCCAUUUGAGUUUCGCCUAGGGACACGACUUUAAUGGGUGGUCCAUUGCUCCACUAUGGUCGGUCCAUUGCUCCACUAUGGUCGGUCCUUUGGUCCACUAUGGUCGGUCACCAGAGACCUUUUCCCCUGGGAGCGGUCUAGGUGUUACUGUUUGCCGAUGGAGUACAAUGGUGUCAACAUGGCCCUGUAAAAUAAGAGAUACAUAUAUUAUUUUAAACAAAAUAAAUGUUAAGACUUCUGAAUGACUUUAGUGGCGAAGAAAAGUCAUGUACACAAAAAUGAUGAAAAAGGCACUGUUUGAUUCUACACAGCUUAUCCUGGUCACAUCCAUGCAUUGCUGGUUACACUGAUUUUAAUUUUGAAUGUCCUUAAUAAAAUUGUUUAUGUCACACGUAUUUACAUAUAUUAAAACCAACGAUCAGCUAUGACCUAAACAAUUAAAUAGUAAUGUACAGAAAUAAUGAACAACAUAUUACGUGAUAUAAGCUAAAUACGAAAAUCACAUACAUAACACUUAUUGACACCAAAAAUAUGUAUCUUAAAAAAUACGAUAUUUUUUCUACUUAUCAAAUAUAUUUGUAAAAAAAAAUAUGAGAGUUGAGGGCCUUUGUACAGCGUGUGUUUUAUUAAAAGAAUAGCUUUUUUUAUAACUCAACAUGUAAAUGUGCACAAACCCUGACAUCAAUCACGCGAUUCAUUUCUGACGCACACACACACACACGCAAUUUCAUUCCCUCAAAAGAGAGCUAAUCCGUACGCGCCUCUCUCGGCAGGACUGGGUGGCCAAGUACUACGUGUCUCUCGGCGCGCCCAAGAGCAAGCUGAACUUGGGCAUAGCCACCUACGGCAGGACCUUCCACCUGGCCAACGCCAACAACCACAACAUCGGUGCUACCGUGAGCGGCACUGGUACGGCCGGGCCAAUCACCAAGGAUGCCGGAAGCCUAGCCUACUACGAGGUGGGAGCUUUCGUCAUUUUGGAUAACGAUUUUUUUUUACAAGAUUAAAAAUUUUUUUUAGAAAAAAAAGGGUUAGUUGAGAGAGAUGUUAACAUAAUCCAAAAACGUUCUGAGAAAACGAAAGCACGUGAUUUGAAUUCUUUGUUAUAGUCUUCUCUCUUGAAAAAAAAUCAGUAGCGUCACUGAAAAAAAAAGGGGGGGGGGAUUGGCGGAGGCGUUGACACCAAAAUUUUGCAAAGUUCCUUGGGGGGGGGGGUAGUGUCAAAAUUAAUAGUCUUCUCUCUUGAAAAAAAAUCAGUAGCGUCACUGAAAAAAAAAGGGGGGGGGGGAUUGGCGGAGGCGUUGACACCAAAAUUUUGCAAAGUUCCUUGGGGGGGGGGUCAUUUCAAAAUUAAGCUGAAUGAAGGAAGCAGAACACGAUGUUAUGAGAGCAGGGUAGCAACAUAGCAGGGUAGCAAAAUAGCAGGGUAGCAGCAUAGCAGGGUAGCAACGUAGCAGGGUUCAACCAGAGCAGGGUAUCAACAUAGCAGGUCGCUACCAGAGCAGGGUAUCAACAUGACAGGUAGCCACCAGAGCAGGGUAUCAACAUAGCAGGAUGCCACCAGAGCAGGGUAUCAACAUUAAAGCAGGAUGCCAUUAGAGCAGGGUAUCAACAUAGCAGGGUGCCACCAGAAAAGGGUAUCAAGAUCAACAUAGCAGGGUGCAACCAGAGUAAAGCGGACUCAGAAGGGGUUUGAAGGGGAAGUCUGGCGUGGGGGCACAUAACAUAAUAAUUAGCUAGUUCAGUACUACUGCCUUUAAUACAGGUAUUGCGUCCGUCAUGUGUCCAUGUUCCUUUCCAGGUCUGUGACAUCAUCAAAGCAGGCGGUCAUGUGACCUUUGACAACUCACAGCGUAACCCCUACAUCUUGCAGGGCAGUAAUUGGAUCGGAUAUGACAACCAACAGAGCGUGAAAGAAAAGGUGAGAAUAGUGUGUACCCAGGCUCCGAUUAUCCCCUCAGCAAAAUAAGCACCUGCCCAGGGCAUUGGGAGAAAGUAGGCAUCGGGAGAAAGUAAUCGGGAGAAAGUAGGCAUCGGGAGAAAGUAGGCAUCGGGAGAAAGUAGGCACCUUGAUGCAAAUAACAGCGUUAAUCCGGCCCUGUGUCGACUUUUUGUACUGGGAACAGUGUCUGAACUUACACUUGUAUGUUACUUAUUAAAAUAUAUAACAAGAAGCUACAGAAGAAGAAAAAAACAAUCCAAAAUGGUGUUUUCAUGUAUUGAUAAUUUUAGACUUUAGUUAUGUGUAAAACUCUAAAUUCAUAAUUCUACAAAGUAAGAGGAUUUUUUUUCUUUUGAAAAAGUAUCAUUCCUUUUGUUGGAAAGAGUUUGUUAAUUUGCUUUUUAUUCAAAAGUUGUUCUGUUUUUUUUUUAAAUUAAGAAUCAAUGAAUUGUAUUGUAUUGUGUUUGAGAGCCCCUUUAAAUAGGAAGUAGCUAAAUAUUCUGAUUAUAGAACGCUGUUCCAUAGUUUGUGCCUCUUAGCGUUAGUUCCAGCAUUCGAAGAUAAUUAUACCUAUAAUCUGUGAAAGAAUACGGUACGUAUUUAUAAUUUACACAUUUUCUUAUGUCUGGUAAACGCCACGCCAUGCACUUUGCUUGCAAUAAAAUAAUUUCAGAAAUAUAAUGGUAAGUUCAAAUAGCCGCCGUUUCUGAUGAUUGACGCCUCACUGUAGGUCAGUUUGUAAUGUUCCGAAAUUGCUGAAUGUGUGUGCACACGAUAACGUGUACUUCCCAGGCCUGCUACGCCGUCAAGAAUGGCUACGGGGGUGUCAUGUUCUGGGAGCUGAGCCUUGACGACUUCUCCGGACAGACCUGCGGACAGGGACGGUACCCUCUGGUCCAUGCUGCACGCAACGUCAUCAACAACCCGUCAUCAGCUGGUUGCCCUUAAAGGUCCCGAAGCUGCAACCGGGCUGUGACUUGUGAGCGGUUGACAACCCAAAGAUAUCCUAACAGGGGUAAUAUGGAAAAAGAACAUUCGAGACCCGAGUUUUGUGAGUGUUAAGUACCAAAAAAAAAAAAUGAUUCUCUUAUCUUAAUAAAAUUUCAAAAAAUGAACCGGAAAAAUUACUAAUUUUGUUCUUAGUUUUUUUAUUUUUUAUUUUCGCUUUCCAUAACCUGUCAAAUAGGAAUGAGUGAAAAUCGACAUUCAUUUUAAUCAAACUCAAGAGUAAG